AUGACUCCGAAAUCAAGGGCACGCAACGCGCAAAACUCUGACGAAGAAGUAUGUAGCAGAGACAAAAAAAGACUAAAACAGAGAAAAAGUUUUCGCACUCUCAUACUGGAGCAUGUUACGGACUAUUCUGCAAACUCUUCUUUACACGGCUUGAAAUAUAUCGGAGAGAAGAAAAGAACUACGAUUGAGAAGUUGUUCUGGAUCCUCGUUUUUGUAUUCAGUUUGAUCUUAUGUUCAACUCUUAUAAGGAAUAUUUACAUAAAGUGGGAAGAAAGACCCGUCAUAGUUUCAUUUGCUGAACAGUCGACUCCUGUUUGUAAAAUCCCCUUUCCUGCAGUUACGUUAUGCUUUGAGACAAAAGCAUUUCGGAGGACAUUUAACUAUACCAGUAUUUUAAGUUCCAUGUUAAAGAAAGGAACGAUUGAUCAAUUUACCGAAAAUCAGAAAAUCAAGUACGACAUGAUGAGUUCAAUAUGCGGACUGAAGGACGGUUUUAUCGGAGCCGAUGAUCUACUGUUUCACAAUCUGACCGAAGACAUUCAGUUUUUAAAAGAGAUGCUGCCCAAGGAAAAUUAUGUUUUAGACGAGUGCGGUUGGAAGAAUACGAUUCUGAAUUGCCCAGAUAUGUUCACACAAAUUCUGACAGAUGAGGGCAAUUGUUAUACUUUCAAUACAUUAGGACCUGAUGAUAUGCUCCGUGUCGAAAAUUUAAGCACUGACUACGAUUACAUGGAGUUUGUUAACAAAAGUAAUUGGAGUCUGGAAAAUUGGUAUCGCUUCAACGCAUCAGGUAGCACCAAUCCUCGGUUUAGCCCUGCAUUUGGAGCUAAAGCUGGAUUGGAGCUCAGUGUGAAGGUUGCAGAGGAAGACCUAGAUUAUUAUUGCAAAGGUCCCGGAGUAAGGAUCUUGCUCCACAGUCCAGACGAGUACCCUCGACUGUCGCAGCAAUACUACAACCUGCCACUGGGACAGGAGGUAGUGUUUGCAGUCAAGCCCAACAUGAUGACCACAUCGAAGGGUCUAAGACCUUAUGUUCCAGUCAGGCGGCAAUGCUAUUUCUCCGACGAGCGAUAUCUCCGAUACUUCAGGGUCUACAACCAGGGGAACUGUGAGCUGGAGUGUCUCACCAACUUUACCUACACCAAGUGCGGUUGCGUCCACUUCAGUAUGCCUCAUGGACCUGAAAUACCGGUUUGCAGUCGAAAAUCAGAUAUUGAUUGUAUGGAGAAGGCACAAUCUGAAAUUAUCGAUUUUGAUUCAUUUACAAGCUGGGAAGAAGACCAUUUUGAAGAUCGUCGACAAAUUGGAAAAUGCCAAUGUCUGCCAGCUUGCACUUCUUUAAAAUAUGAGGCAGAAACCAGUCAGUCCGAUUUUGAUAUCAAAAAAAUUGUUAAAAUCUUGGAGGAUAAUUACAUGAACAUGACUGUUCCUAACAAUUUCAAAAUGCUGAAUUUAAAGAUUUUCUUUAAAGAGGGACAGUUUAUAACGUCGAAGCGAUCAGAACUGUAUGGUCGAUCGGACUUCAUAGCCAACUGCGGGGGACUUCUUGGACUUUUCCUGGGAUUCUCGCUGCUCAGUGCUGUGGAAAUUCUAUACUUCUCUACAUUGAGAAUCUGGUGUUUGCUGUGGAAGAAUCAUCGUGAUAAACAGUCAAUGAAAUCUCCCAUCGUAAAGGUUUAUAAUUUUAACGAUAAGUAUACAAUAUAUCUACAAAUAUGCUAUAUUACUGACAUUUUUAGGGCUAGCAGCUUUGGAAAUUAUGACAAGGAUUAUGAUAAAACGAACGAUACAUCAUCAGGUCGUGUGAAAGUAAAAAGAACUAAAAGCAGUCUUUUUAAAGACUACUUAGUGGACUUUACGACUAAUUCUAAUUUGCACGGUCUCAAAUAUAUCGGAGAGAAGGAUCGUACUCCAGUUGAAAAAAUUUUCUGGCUCUUUAUGUUCACCUGCUGCGUAGUUCUUUGCUCUGGUUUGAUUCGGAAGGUAUGGAUAAAGUGGAAUGAGAGUCCAGUCAUUGUGAGCUUUGCUGAAACCUCUACACCCGUGUGGCAGAUACCGUAUCCAGCAGUGACGGUAUGCUUCGAGACCAAGGCACGGCAGACAGUAUUCAACUUCACGGAUUACUAUCACCUCUACUACAACAAUGAGACCUACGCCAACAUGACAGAGGAAGAGCGUAACACCUUUGAAGAUAUUUCUCUUGUGUGCGACGAUCAUCUUGCUCCGGGAACCGGCAGAAAAACCGCCGACGGCCGUGAAACUAUAGAAGUUCUUAAAGGGCUGUCCCCCAAUAUGAGUGAGGUGUUCCUUGCGUGUAAAUGGAAAGAUGUGUUAAAAAAUACGUGCGAAGCGUUGUUCCUGCCGAUCCUAACGGAAGAAGGACAUUGCUACACCUUCAACACUUUGGGAGCCGACGACAUGUUUAGAGUGGAAAAUUUAAACACGGAUUACCCCUACUUGAACAAUGCCAAUAAAACCUACUCGUGGACGCUAGAGACUGGAUACUUUCCUAAUACCACAUUGGAUGCAUAUCCGUAUCGGGGCUCCGGUUACGGAGUGAAAGCAGGACUCACGUUCUUGCUUCGAGCUAAACAAGAGGAGCUGGAUUACCUCUGCAAAGGUCCAGUACAAGGUUUUAAGAUCCUUCUCCACAACCCGGCAGAGUUACCGCGGGUGUCUCAACAAUAUUUCCGCGCGCCGCUGUCGCAGGAGGUCAUCGCUGCCGUCAAGCCCAAGAUGAUGACCACCUCCGACGGCCUCAAGCCCUACGAUCCUACCAGGCGCCAGUGCUAUUUCCCCAGCGAGCGAUAUCUUCGCUACUUCAAAGUAUACACGCAAGCUAAUUGUGAAAUGGAGUGCCUCACUAAUUUCACCCUCGUGAGAUGUGGCUGCGUGCAAUUUGGGAUGCCCCAUGGUCCAAAUAUACCGGUGUGCAACGCCGGCAGCGUGGCCUGCAUCAAACAAGCCGCGAUGGAACUAGUAACGGCGGAAGUGAAGACAGGUUUGAAUCAGCACUCAGAAGAAGAUGUGAACCUGAGUGAGGCUAGGGUGGUGGCGGCCCAGUGCAAGUGCCUGCCGUCCUGCACCGCCAUUGAGUACGAAGCGGAGACCUCGCAGGCUGAUUACGACUGGAAGGCCAUAUUUAGGGCUUAUCAUCUACCUAUUGAGGAUGAGGAUGAGGAUCUGCUGUACGCGCGAGUGAUGGUGUUCUUCAAGGAAGCCCAGUUCAUAACAUCGAAGCGGUCGGAGCUGUACGGCCAGACGGACUUCCUCGCCAACUGCGGCGGUCUACUUGGACUCUUCAUGGGCUUCUCCUUCUUGAGCGUAGCCGAAAUACUGUACUUCCUUACACUCAGAAUCUGCUGCCUGUUAUGGAAGCGACGUCAACAUAAAGCGAAGAGAUUCAAGCAAAACGCUGUCCUUAGUCCGGAGCCCGUUAAAGUUAAACAAAUGUAUACUGAUUAAAUUAUGUACGUCCUAUUACUAUUAUGCUUUGAUUAACUUUUAAGCAAACUCUUUAAUAUACUUUUUUAACUUAUUCGCUGCUGUACCUCUAUAAAGCUCGGUCACCGCAAACAGAAAUCCGGUAAAUAAUAUGGCUAUUGCACACAGAAGCAAAUGUUUAAAAAUGUGAUAUGUUAUUUAAAUGUCCUUAGUGAUAUUAUGUCACUACAUAGAGCAAGACAAGUAGCAAAAGGUCAGCAAUCAAACUAUGUUUUCAGUGACCGAGCUUCUAGCAUUGUUUUGCAUUAUUUAUUGCAAGUAUUUUGAAUUAUUUAAAUGAUGAACAAUGUCAUUUAACUAUGAUUGGUCAAUAACAAAGGUCAAUUUGAAACUUAAAUGUAAUUUACUUAAAUAAAAGGAAUUAU